UGUUCAGGUCAGAGCCAUAAAGGUGAGUAUUAGAGCACAGCACAGCAGGACGCUCCAGUAGAACUGCUCAGACGGAGCACCAACCAACCCUUCUCCAUGGCCGGAGCAAUGCAGCCCUCAUGGCUGCUCGCCUUCCUCCUUCUGCUGCUCUACAGACCACCAGGAGAGGCCAGGGACAGCGAUCAGCUGGCACAGCCUCGCAUCAAGUCAGACGACGGUCACCUCGUGUUCACCACGGGGGACAACAAAGACAUCCGCUUCCAGCCGUCCUCCUCCGGCCGGGUCAAGGUGGGAGAUGAAGACCUCAUCCAGCUGCUCAGCCAGGUUAAGGUCAAUACAGAGGACAUUGAUGACAUCAAGGCUCAUGGAGGAGAAAUCCCGCCUGAAAUCACCAACAGCCUCAACCAGCUCAACAGCAAGGUGUCAGCGCUGGAGAACCAAGUCACAGACCUGGAACAGACCGUCCAGAAGGUGCCGUGCAGCAGUAACCCUUGCCAGAGCGGAGGAACCUGUCUGAACCUGUUGAACUCCUACCACUGUUUGUGUCCUAGCAACUGGGCUGGUCCAAACUGUGCCACUGAUGUGAAUGAAUGCCAAGUGUUUUCAGGAACGAUGCAGGGCUGUCAGAACGGCGCCACCUGCUCCAACACACCUGGAUCCUUUACGUGCCAGUGCUCCCCAGAAUGGUCUGGGACCCUCUGCACCGAGCGUUACGAUGACUGCAGGAAUGGAGGACAGGACCUGUGUGUUCACGGCUUGUGCAUCGAUGCGGACCGGCUGAUAGCUGGACAGCCCAGAUUCCAGUGCAUCUGUGAGAGUGGAUGGGAGGCUCCUGCUGGGAACCCAGCAUGUGUGGCUGAUGUGGAUGAGUGUAACCUAGCAAACAAGCCAUGCUCCACCAACCCCCUUGUUCCCUGCUUCAACACUCAGGGCUCUUUCUACUGCGGGAACUGUCCUUCUGGUUGGCAGGGAAACGGCUACAGCUGUCAAGAUGUGGAUGAAUGUUUGACCAACAAUGGCGGCUGCUCCUCUGCUCCAAUGGUUCAGUGCCUGAAUACUAUGGGCUCCUUCCACUGUGGGUCCUGCCCUCCAGGCUAUGAGGGGGAUGGGAGAACAUGCACCCAGGCUAAUAUCUGCUCUUCCAACAAUGGAGGAUGUCAUCCUUUAGCCACCUGCACAUCCACCACAGGUUCAUCCUUCCCUACAUGCACAUGCCCAGAAGGCUACACCGGCAAUGGCUAUGGUCCCAGCGGCUGCACCCACAUCAGCAACAUCUGUCAGACUAACAACCCCUGUGUGAACGGACAGUGUACGAGCACUUCCUCGGGCUACAUCUGCCACUGCAGCCCUGGAUGGGACGGUCUUCACUGUGACCACAACAUCAACGAAUGCUCAAGCAACCCUUGUCAAAAUGGGGGAACCUGCACUGAUGGUGUUAACGGGUUCACCUGUAACUGUACCGCCCAGUGGACCGGCGCCUUCUGCCAGACCCCGCAGCAAGAGUGUGGAGGUCAGCUGACUGGUCCGGCCGGCUCCUUCAGUUAUCCCAACAACCCGGGUCAUGAUGAGUAUGAUCACAUGGUCAGCUGUACCUGGGUGAUCCGUACUGAUCCCAGUCAGGUUCUGAGGAUCACCUUCCCGUUCUUUGACCUGGAGAGCAGCACCAACUGCAACUUCGACUUCCUGCAGGUCCAUGAUGGAGACAGUCCCUCCGCCUACGUGCUGGGAAAGUACUGCGGCCAGAACAAUCCGCAGGAGCUGCACAGCUCCCACAAUUCUCUCUACUUCUGGUUCCGCUCUGACCAGUCCAUCAAAGCUGGCGGCUUCACGGUGGUCUGGGAGUCUCAGGACCCAGUGUGCGGCGGAGAGCUCACUGCUUCCUAUGGAAACAUCAAUUCACCUGGUUACCCUGGAAACUACCCACCUGGACGGGACUGCUACUGGACAGUCACCGUGGACCCUGGCCUGCUCAUCACGUUUGCAUUUGGGACGCUAAGCCUGGAGCACCACGCUGACUGCAACUAUGACUUCCUGGAGAUCAGGGACGGCCUCCUAGGAGAAGAUCCAGUUCUGGGGAAAUACUGCAACACUGCAUCGCCCCCCCCUCUGCAGACCACUGGCCCAGCUGCAUGGAUCCACUUCCACUCAGACCUCACUGUGUCUGACAGAGGCUUCCACAUCACCUACACCACGUCUCCAAGUGAUCCUGGGUGCGGUGGUACCUUCACUGACAGUGAAGCCAUCCUGAUUUCUCCCAACUGGCCCAACAACUAUGCCCACAACCGACAGUGCAUCUAUCUGAUCACGCUGCCUCCGCAGGAGGAGGUGGCCCUCAACUUCACUCACAUGGACCUGGAGAGUCACAGCGGAUGCUCCUUCGACUAUGUGGAG